AUGCACGUCUCUUAUGUCCGCGAGACAGAUGGCGGUCCGCGGUGCUCGGUGAUGUUCAACGCAGAACCGCCAGGAUUCGAAGAAGGCCGUCGCUUUGUAUCCGACUCGGAAGACUCCGAUGGUGAGAACGCACCUAUCCACAACGUUACCCAGUCUCACCAGAGGAAGAAUCGUUGGCACCAUGUUCAAGAUUUGGACAGUUUUUUCACGCGCGUUUACCAGUACCACCAGCAGCACGGGCUCACGUGCAUGGUCCUAUCAAGCUCGUUCGAGCUGUUCCGCUUUUUCUUCAUUGUUUGGUUCUCGACGGAGUUGCGCCAUUGCGUGGACUACUCGAUCCUCUUCCGCGAUCACGACAACGAGCACGUGACGCUUUUUGACGGACUCAAGAAUCGCACCGAGUGCCACAAAAGCAUCCGCGAAGAUGCUACUUGGGUCUUUUUCCUGCUUUUUGCCUUUUUCUAUGGUGCUACGCAGUCAAUCAAGCUGGCCUUGCGACUAUUCAACUUCCUCGAUAUCAAAAACUUUUAUCAAGAGGCGCUUGGAAUUUCCGCCGAGAAGCUUGAGCAUCUCUCUUGGUUACAGAUCCAGGAGAAACUUCUCGAUGCCCAGAAGCUCAAUCAAAUGUGCAUUCACAAAGAGGAGCUCACUGAACUUGACGUUCACAAUCGAAUUCUUCGCUACAAAAACUAUAUGAUUGCCAUGAUCGAUCGUCAUAUUCUUCCGUUGCAAAGCCGUGUCCCUUUUCUUGGCGAGAUAACUUUCCUUACUGAAGGGCUGAGGAUAAAUUUGGAGUGGCUCCUUUUCGGAAAACAUCUCAACAAUCCAUGGGCGCCAUUUUCCUCCUUUCAACUCAAACCUCAAUACAAAAGAAGGGCUUGUAGAGAUGAGCGCGCGCAGGAUCUGUCCAAGCGCAUUCUUAUUCUGGGAAUCAUCAACUUGCUUGCUAUGCCCGUCGUUUUCAUCUUUCAGUUCAUGUGGACAUUCUUCAACUAUCUAGCUGUCGUCAAGCGGGAACCAGGCUUUCUCGGCAUGCGCAAGUGGUCUUUGUAUUCAACCUUUGCGCUGCGGCACUACAACGAGUUGAACCACCAGUUCAAAGAACGUCUCUCUCGAGCGAUCAAGCCAUCGAAUCGUUACAUGGAGUCUUUUAUUUCGUACUCCUUGGUAGAAAUCGCGAAGCUCAUCUCCUUCCUUUGCUCGGCUGUACUCGGCGUCUUCAUCAUUCUUGGAAUCGUGGACGACGAUUUCUUCCGUGUCGAACAUGCGCUUUCAAUUAUGACUUUGCUUGGAAUCGUGCUUGGAAUAACGCUUUCGUUAAUUCCUGAUGAUUUCUUUGUGCCACUACACUUCGAACUGCUUUCACUAGUACGAGACCAUGUGCAUUACAUUUCAAACGAUAUGAUCGCCGACCCAAAGUCGCCCGCUACGCAAAAGAAAUUCGCAACGCUUUUCCAGAUGAAAUUGGCCUAUAUUAUCGAAGAAUUGAUUUCACCUAUCGUAACACCGCUUUUCCUCAUAUUUAAACUGCGUCACCGUGCCCCAGAGAUCGUCGACUUCCUCCGCCAAAAUACAGUAGAAGUCCAGGGAGUGGGCGACAUCUGCAAAUUCGCCCUGAUGGAAAACAAGAGAAGUUUUAUAGACUCGCAGGAGCUCUACGGUGAUCACCAGUCAACAGGUCUUUCCUGUCCCAAGACGGACAUGUCGUUGGUGAACUUCUCCGUUCGCCACCCGAAAUGGAAGCCGCCAAAGGAAGGCCAAGAACUGCUCGAGAAGAUCAACGACAAACUAGCGCGAAUGACGAAUGUAAAUGAUAGAAGUCUUUUCACUCGGACAGAUCCGCUGGUCGCAUCUCUCUCUCCACUCGACAGUUGUUUGCUGGCGCCUCCAGCGCCAUAUUUGGGCACCAUUUCCGAAAACUCGACGCAGUCUUACACCAACAAAACGCAGCAAACUCUUGCUCAGAGCAUGGCCGCCUAUCACGACCUCGGCUCGACAUCGCACCGCAUGGCGACAUCCCUUCCCGCCGAAAACAACGCCGCUUUUGAGGAUUCCCAAAGCUCCUCGGUUCCGCCCGCUCUGACUAAAUCGAGUGCCUAA